CGACGGAUGUGCCUGCCAUUAAACAAACAUUUUUGUAUAACUCAUCUAUAAAACCCUGUAAACAUCUCCUUCACACAAUUUCUGAGAACAUGAAGAUGAGUCGUGUGUUUUUGGUCCUGGGCUUCGUCCUGAUCUUGGCGCUCUACUCAGACGCUACCUAUCAAGCGCUCAUCAAUUCCAGCUCAUGUUGUUCCUCCUACUUCCAUGGGAAAAUUCCCCCCAAGUUAAUCAUUAAAGUGGAAAAGACAGACCCACGUUGUGCAAAGCGAGGCUUCAUGGUCACGACACUGAGGCAGCGGCUGUGUGUUCGCAAAGUCUCCGCUACGGGAAAGUAAACUUUAACACUGCAGCUUUCACGCAACUGAAAUUCGACACACGCACCAGAAAAGUAGUCAAAGUAUUUCAGCGCAUAAUGUUGGUCAUUUUUGUUCGGUGCGAAGCUUCAUUUCAUAUCUGUGUUUAAUCUAGUGUAAAAUAAAAUACUGAACAUUGA